AUGAAAUUUACCACACUCGCUUUAUUCGCCUUAUCGGUUGUUUCACCAGUAAUUGCAGGUUACCACAAUGAAUCUAUCUCCUCCAAUGUAACAACUACAGCUACUUACACUUCCCUUCAUGAAGAAGUAGUUACCAUUACCUCGUGUCCACCAGAGGUUACUGACUGUCCAUUAGGACACACUGUAACUACAGUUGUCGGGGUUGUUUACACCACUACCUACUGCCCAGCAUCCACCACUCCACCAUUUGUAACUCACGUUACCACCUACAAGCCAGGUUACUACACCACCUACACUUAUGCCCCAACCACUGUAGCUCCAGUUACCGUUCACAGUGCAGGUGCCAAUGCAAACCAUAACGCAGGGGGAGUGGUAGCAGCUGGAAUGUUGGCCAUUGCAGCACUUUUCGUUUGA